CCUCCCGCAUACAGCAAGAACGACCCCACUCCCCACAAGACACGCAAUGGAAUUCCGCCAGACCACCGUCGCUCAAUGGAAGACGCGAGUCGUGAGGUCCCUGAAGGCUGGAUCAGACAGUACGAUCCUGAGAGCAGCCAUCAGUUUUAUGUCGACACACGCACCGAGCGCGCCAUCUGGCACCACCCCUACGACGACGACGAGUACAUGGCCUCUCUGUCCCCUGAACAGCGUGCUCGCAUCAGAGGACUAAGCCGUGUUCCUACCGAUGCCGAUAUCAUUGCCGAGAGCUCAGACGACGACCAUGACCCUAGAGGCCCUCCUCAACGCCAGGAUUCAAACCCCAGCGGCAUGAAGAAGUUCGGCCGCAAGAUCAAGGAUAAGGUCACUUCGAGCACCCAUCAAGAGCGCGAGGCUCAGCGCAAGAAGCGUGCCGAAGAGGAACAGCGCGCAUACCAGCGUCACCUUGAGCUUCGCAAGGCUAUGCAGCGAGCUGUCCAAACUGGCCAGCCUCAACUCAUCGGCAAAGACCGUGAAGGUCGUGACUGCUACCUCACUCCUCCCCAAGGCGCU